AUGAGAGGCUGCUCAGAGGUAUGCUCAGCUACGGCCACCGUCAAGUCCAUAGACAGUAACGGGGCGCGGACUGACCCGGGGUAUCCUGGCUGCUGUACAGAUUUUCUACGAAUCUCUAGAUCGACCAUAGAUGACUCCAUUACGCAAAACCUCAAUGCCUUGUUCACCCCAUCUCGACAAGGAUUCGAUCCCUCCUCCACAGCUAUUCGACAAAUAGACGCCAGUGAAGGGAAGCAAAUCGAACCAGCUGCUUGCCAGGGCUUCAAGGAUAAGGUCUUGUUUCCAUCAUGGCAAGUCCGUUCGGAUGUGCUCAACUAUUGCGCCGGGGUGGCCACAAGUCCCGACCCGGAAGACCCGGACCUCAUUCUCCAGCAGACCGAGUCUGCAGAGGAUCGCGAGCAUAUUGUCGAUGAUCGCCUAGACCCAUAUGCGGCCCGGUUUUUGCCUCGGGAGGCACGGACUGAGUCGUUGGCCAACCUUGUCCGCACUCAACGGGGGGUCGAAGACAUUAUACGCACGCGCACGUGGGGUCUGGUAACGGAAAGAUGUGGUGGCCCGUCGGAGGGCUGGGAAGAGGCGCUGAAUAAAUGGCGUGAGAAUAAACAACGAGAGCAGGCACCACCGUUGACAGAGUGA